AUGCGUGCUUUAGCGUAUUUUGGAACCAGAGAUAUCCGUUUCACCACUGAUCUACCUGAACCAGUAAUUGAAAAACCGGAUGAUGUUUUGAUCGAUAUAGUGUGGUGUGGUAUCUGUGGUACUGAUCUACAUGAACUCCUCGACGGACCAAACUUCUUCCCAAAAGAUGGUGAAACACAUGAAAUUAGUGGUAGGGGAUUGCCUCAAGCCAUGGGCCACGAGAUGGCAGGCGUGGUUUCACAAGUCGGCUCUAGUGUGACUAAAUUCCAACCAGGUGACCAUGUUGUUGUGGAGCCUACAGGUACAUGUCAGGACAGAGAAAGGUAUAAUACUAAGGGUGAAACGUGCAAAGCUUGUAAAAGGGGUAUGCACAAUGUUUGUGUGCAUUUAGGGUUAUGCGGAUGUGGUGUACAAUCAGGUGGAUUUGCUGAAAAAGUUGUUAUCGGUGAGAAACAUUGUUUCAAAGUACCAUCAUGGAUCCCACUUGAUGUGGCAGCAUUGAUUCAGCCUUUAGCAGUUUGCUGGCAUGCUGUGAAAUUGGGAGCUGUGAAAGAAGGUCAAUCUGCAUUGAUUCUCGGUGGUGGUCCGAUUGGGUUGGGCAUUAUAAUGGCUUUGCAACACUUUGGGUGCACUGAUAUCGUGGUUUCGGAGCCUGCCAAAAUUAGACGUGAUCUAGCUGAAAAAAUGGGUGCUAUUGUUUCCAACCCUAUGGAUUUCAAGACCAAUGAGGAAAACAUCAAAAACUUAUGUUCAUUAUCUCCAAAUGGUGAAGGAUACGAUUUCACAUUUGAUUGUUCGGGUAUUUCUGUCACUUUCGAAUCAUCAAUCAAAUGUCUAACUUUCAGAGGAACUGCCAUCAAUGUUGCUGUGUGGGGUGACAGCUCUGUGAAGCAUUAUCCAAUGGAUUUAACAUCACAGGAAAAAAAAUAUACAGGGUCAAUGUGUUACACAUUGGAGGAUUUUGAGGACGUCGUUGAUUCCUUCACCGAAGGUAAAACAGAUUUCAAAAAAGCGGCUUUCAUGAUCACGGGAAAAGUUUCACUAGAGAAUGGAAUGGAAGACGCAUUCAUGAGAUUGAUCAAUGACAAAGAAGGAACCAUCAAGAUCCUACUUACUCCAAAGGAAGAAUUAAUCACUUGGGUCUAG